AUAAAAAUCGAAUAAUAAUCUACAAUACUAAGUCCCGCUUUUUUAGUUUGGUUGCACAAUAAAAUAAUAGAUGAUGAACUAAAAUAAGAAAUUCAAUUCCAUACUCUGGUUUUUUGACAUUUUUUCAUUUCAACUAUUUUCGUGGCAUCCAUUUUCCAUCUUCUUUUUUCUUAUUUUCAGAUGAUCAAAAUUAAUUAAGAAGGAUUCAUGAUUGUGUACAAGAAGGUUAGAAAUGGAUUGUGAUGUUACCGAUCUCUACCCCUUAACAAGUCUCCAAAUUGGGGAUGUGCAAUCAUAUCUUUCACAAGCAUACCUGUUUUUUGCAAUCUAUAGCCAUAAGUUCUUGAUUCUAGUUGAUAACCAUUCAUGGCGAAUGCAUAACAACCACUCGAAAUCCACCCAUCUAAGAGAGUUGUUCGCCACCAAGUACAGGACAUCACCCUUCAAAAAUUCAAGGGCCUUGUUGAGACGGGUUAGUGCAAGAUACAAAGACAACUCUAUUUCUUCAAAUGAUGAGAGGAAGAAGUUGUACAGAUGGGUGUCUGUUGUCAAUUCUCAGAGAUGGAGAGCUAAAGCUUUCUUUUCUUUGGUGGAUUUACAUGUAGCAUUGCAUGGCUUCAUUGUGUUCGAAGUUCGUUGGGAGGAUAUACGCGGCAUCAAUUACAUCAGUGAGCUUCAGACAGAUAUAUCAAUGGCUUUUGAAGUGAAAUCAAUGAGGAAAUGGGAUUUUCACAGCAUUGAUCAAGCUUUUACUUGUAUUGAAUCAUGGUUCUCAGGAUCGCGAUCAGAGAAAGUAUCACUUUCGAAAAGUCUAAUGAUUCUCAACGAUAAAGUUCCUUCACAAUCUCCUCGUAAAGUUAAAAUCUCUUUCAAGGAUCUCGUAGAAAAUGGGAAGCACACUAAGAGUUCUUCCAUUGAUGAUCUAGAUCUCAAAGAAUGCAAUCAACAUUCGAGUGAUCCUUCAAAGACACCGAGAAAAUUACAGGAAAGCGACUUAGAAUCUGUGCAUUAUAAGCACACCCUACUCAAAUUCUACUUUGAUGACAGAGACCUUCCUUUUACAUUCAAAAGGAUAAUAACAUCGGAUCUAAAACUUCUGACUUUGCUCGAAACGGGUCUUCCUUCAUGGGUUAUCUUCCUUCAAUCAUACCCUUUAUUUUGCAGCGUUUAUCGACCAUGGAUGCGGCCUCUAGUAAGAAUGCUUUAUGUACUGAUAUCUCUAGUUACCUGUGUCAUUGGUUUUUAUGAUCUCUAUAAGAAUGUUCCAUUGUUGAAAGACACUGCAUCACACAUUUGUGGGCCAUUAAUCGAUUGGAUAGAGGAUUGGGAUAUGAUUUCUCGAGUCAGAUAUCUUGGAACGAUGUUGUUCAUUCAAAAUUUCGAGAAAGCAAUGCGAUGGUCUCUCAAAAUUGGUCGAGUUUUGAAAUUGAUGUUGUUGAUAUUAACAAAACCGUUGAUGGAACCCCUUCAAGACCUAAUGGAAUUCACUUCACCUGUAUGGGUUCUGUUCUGUGAAGUAGGAUUGGAUUUGUACAGGAGCGUCUCAUUUGUUUUGGUGUUUAUAUCGGACUUAUUUCUUAACCUACUUGAGCUUCUAUUCUCGCCGUUCCAGCUUCUGUACUCGUACAUAUCAACUAUAGUUUCAUUCUUUAGCCCUAUCUUUGCUUCCCUUUGGGAACUUUGUCGCGUUCCAUUGCAGAUCUGUUCUUCCAGUGCAGUCUCUUUCUGCUGUAGGAUGUACGAGGUUUUCCAAACGAUGGUGAUGCUCACAGUGAACAGGGUUGUGGAGGUCAGUAAUAUGGCUACAAAAUUAUCAAAAGCGAAGCCAACUACGACAGAAGUUUUUAAGUGGAAUUCUCUCUUGAAAGACCUAUUUUCAAAGGUGUUCCGCUCUCUCAGGAGUAUCUCAUAUGGGUUGAUUGUGUUCUUGGAUACGUGCAAUCGCCAUAGACUAAGCACCUCCAACUACCUCAACGAGUUCAUGAGCCGCAUGUCUGAACUACUAUCACCAGGAUUAGAAGCUUCUUCACAAGCCCCUCCACCAUUAGAAGUUUCUAAAGAAGCACUUCCAUCAUUGAGCUUGGAGAAUUCUCAUCAAAUACUUCCCGAGGAAAAUUGUCUGCAGCACAUUUCGCACAAUCAAGAACAUCUUGAUUGAACAGCAAGUAUCAGGCGCCAACCCGCCUGCCGUGUCACGAGUAAUGUAUCAAAUGUCCUAAUGACAAAUACAAUUUCUUUGGUGUGAACAGGCACAAAUUCUGUUUUUAUGGUUGCACAGUUGUAGUAGACUUGUAGUUGGUAUCUCCUAAGGAAUUCUGUAACUAUUACUUCAAGUUAG